CAAUCCCCCGUCUGUGGUCUCCGCCGCCUCCCCUCUUACCCGCCCGUUCGCCAUUCUCUUCCCUCCGGCCCUCCACGCCCCUCUCCCCUCGACUCGUUCAAGGGGCCAGAGACUCGACUUGACCUUGUCAUGCACAAGAUCUCCAAUUUUACGGGUCAAGCCCGCCAUGGCUGGGAGCGAAUGACGCCUACCUUUGGCAUGUCUCGACCGCAUACCGACAUGGCCUCCCACUCGCUCCGUCGACCGCAUGGUGCGCCACCGAUGACUCCCCCAACUGGUAUCGACCCGACUGUCAACCUCUCCUUCAACGUGCCCUUUUCCUCUACCCUUGCCGGCCCAGACGUGGACGAUGUGUUGCACGCGAGUCCUGCUGCCCUUCAACGCUGGACCUUCCCUGAAGGCACCCCCGAAGGCACGCCCGUCCACCAGUUACCGGUCCACGUGAACAAUGUCGAAGCUCUGCGGAGGUUGUGUCGGCAAAUCACCGAGAGUAGUAAUGGCAGAGUCGAGGCUGCGGUUACCUCGUCAGAGCCCAAGAGUGUUCCUUCGCUGCAACGGCGGCCUCAGGGUCUGGCGACCAAUGUCUGCAUCACGGGCGAUGGAGAGACGGUGCGGAAAAUGCGUGCGAGGGUGUUGAAUGAGACUCCGAUCUUGUUGCGAUGUGCGACCGUGGAUGUAGACAUGCAUUUGAUCCUGGAUGGGUCCACCAAGAAUAUCCGACAGACUGUUCUGGACCACCUCGACACGCUGGCUGCCUACACUGGCACGGAUAUCUUUCUCCUGAGCCCCAAGAUUCGCGACACGGAUAGUGCGGUGGUUUCGUCUUACGGCUACGCCUCGGACAAUGGGCUGGAUCAACGUUUCCGGCUGUCUAUUUACGGUGAUAUGGAGAGCGCUGAGCAUGCCAAGACCAGGGUUUUGAUUAUGAUCGAUCAGAUUCUUAAACGUCACGUGGACGCGAUGAAGUUGGAAGUGACCAUGCACACGUUGGUUUGCGGCCGGACUCGCAAGAAUAUUAAGCUCAUUGAGGCGGCCACUGGGACAGCCCUUUACUUCCCGCCGCCAUUCCCUCGCAUUUUUGGAUAUACACCCCCGGGUGCUAACCGUCGUAGCGAGGAUGAGGUCUACAUUACCGGUGAUACCCAAGAGCAAAUCGCGCGUGCUAAGCAAAAGCUGCGAGAGCUGGUGAUGGGCGUCAAGAUCUAUGUGAAGGAUGUCAUUGUCAAUUCGAACAAGAUCGACAAUAUUCUGCUUGACCGUCUGGACAAGGUGCGGAAGGUCAUGGAACUGAACGGUUCUUACAUUCUUUUCCCCCAGCUUGGUACGCAGCGGGGUCUUGUUCGCAUCCAGGGUACCGAAGUCUUGCAUGUGGAGCGCACGGUCCGGGAGAUUAUGGCUUUGGCUGGCCAGUUCUACAGUGCAUCGUGGUGGAUUAUCAUGCCCGACCCGUCGCAAGGGGGAUUCCGGGCGCCGUCUCCCGCAGAUGUUCGCACCAUGCUGUCUGAUAUCUGCAGCAAUUCGGGCGCUGAAGUGAGCUUCGACAAUCUCACCUUCACCAUUAAUGGGUCGGAUGACGCUGUGAAGGCGGCGAUGAUGGUUAUCAACCAGAUUCCGUUUGUGCAGCGAAGCCAGUACCAGAUGCGUGUGAAGAUUGAGCUGGCCAACGAACACAAGGAAUUCGUGAGCGGCAAGAAGAACGGCAAGAUCAACAAGAUCAUGGGCCAAAGCAAUGUGCAAAUCAUCUUCGAUGGGUUCAACGAGUACAACUUCUACAUCGACGUAUGUGGAAACCAGUACGAGUCCACCAAGAACGGUUUAGAUCUCGUUGAACAAGAAAUGCCGGCUUCCAUCUCUUUCCAUGUUCCCGACCAGUAUCACAAGCGGAUCAUUGGAAUCGGUGGCCAACACAUCCAGCGCAUCAUGAAGAAAUACUCUGUUUUCGUCAAGUUCUCCAAUGCUAUGGACCGUGGCGGUAUGGGCAAGGAAGAUGAUGACAUUAAGGUUGACAAUGUUAUCUGCCGGACCCCGGCCCGUAACGCGCAGAGUUUGGACCUGGUCAAACAGGAGAUUAUGGACAUGGUCGAGAAAGUCGAUGCCGAGUAUGUUUCCGAGCGUGUUGUCAUCAAUCGGCUGUACCACCGUGAACUGCUUGCGCGCAUGACUGAAAUCGAUGAGCUCGAAAAGAAGUGGAACUGCAAGAUUGAGUUCCCUAGCACCGAACUUGCCAGUGACGUUGUGACUAUCUCCGGUCCCGAGUACCAAGUUCCUCAGGCCGUUGACGCCUUACUGGGAAUGGUUCCGGAGAGCCAUGAGCUACUCUUCCAGAGCUCCGCCGAACUGCGCGAGUACUUCAAGUCGGCCGAAUUCCACGAUGACGUGUGUGCCAAGCUUAAAGACCAAUACGAGGUCGACACCACCGUGGAUACGAGUUCCGACCUCCCCGCCUCGUCUUCCGAUAGCGGCUCUUCUUCUCCCGUCUUUGGGCCUGAAGAUCGAGCUGUGCUCGGGUACACUCGCAACAAUGCCGGCGGUUUGAAGGAUGCCAUUGACUUCUUGAUCUCCCGCUUGGUGGCUCACGGCCUUGACGCCACUACGGUAAAGGGAGCUAUUCCUCGUCCUAAGUCUGACUCCUUCGAAGAGUCCCUUCCCUUCUUUGACUCGAAGUUGCUGCAGCAUGCGCCUGCCCCGAUUGUCACCGAUUCUCCCACUCGCCCCAGUUUCUCGGAUGAGACCAAUGAACGCGGGUCCAUAUUCGAGAGACUGCGUAAGCCUGGCAGCAUUUCUUCCUUCUCCUCGUUCAUUGGUCGCAAGAACCACUCGGCUUCUCCCGGAUCAUUCUUUAAGCAUGCGUCCAGCAACGCCUCGAAGGCGUCACUGGUCUCCAUGGAGUCUCGCGACAGCGGCUACCGCAAUCCAUGGAAUGAUUCUGGCGUGAACCUUGCUGAGGACGACGUGCCUGUCCUCGGAAGUUCUCACAGCCACAGCAGCAGCAAUGGCUGGCCCGCGCGCUUUGACACGAAAUUUCCAUUCGGUACCGCGCCCGGGGACAUGACUCCCAAGCAUGACCCGCGCGCCUCUUUUGACAGUGGUCGUCCUAGUACUUCCAAUUCUACUUCUGGAUACCCGGCCCCCAUUGGGCCACCGCGUUAAAAUCAAUGUCAAUUUGCAGCAGUAUACCCCAAGAGACUUUUUUUUAUUCCCAAGUUCUGUUUUGCGUUUUGAUUUGUUGUCAGCGAUUCGUGUUUCGGAUAUUU